AAGUACGCUCACCUUCUAUACGGCACCAAGUUCACCGUUUACACCGACCAUAAACCUCUCGAGCAUUUUCUAAAACAAAAGUCUCUAUCAGCAAGACAACGGCGUUGGCUAGAUCAACUCUCUUACUUUGAUUUCGAUAUCAGCUAUGUCCAAGGGACCGCCAAUAUCAUCGCCGACGCGCUCUCAAGAAUUUAUUCCGAUGAACCUAAAGGUGUAAUUCGUGCCGCAUCUGAAUUUGUUACGGAUCCCGAUGAUCCUCUGAAGGAAACAGCCAUCUCGGACUUCCUUCGCCAGCGAACCGCCAAGUCCAGACCACUAUACACAGGUGACGCCAUCCAGACUGAACUCGAAGUCUUCGCCGUAACGCGAGGACAGAAAGCUACUGCUGAUAAAGCAGUAGCGGAGGGCAGAAUGGAGGGCACACCUGCUAAAAGACAAAACUCGAAAUCAGCCAGCAUCCCAAAACCUCUCGCAAGACCGGAUUCCAAUAUCGAAGACGAAGAAAUUGAUGACCUACCUGUUGAAUCCGAAGAAGAACUAAUCUUGGAUGGUGAAAGCGAAAGAAGUGAUGACGAAGGAAUGGUUGUUGUUCAAAGACCCAAAGAGCCUAACGAAACGAUGAACCCCAUACAAGAGCAAGCUCAGCAACCAGAAAACCCUUCCAAUAUUUCAACCUUUCCCUUGAGAUAA